GGGGAUGAGCCCUUAACUCUCAGAAGGACGGUGUGGGUCAGAAGGAGCCAGCCAGCCUGGGCUGGAGGACUUGGGAGACGAGCUGGUAUGGGAUGUGGGGAACUUUGUGCCUAGUGAGCAGCUGGCAGUGAAGAGGUUACUCCACAGCCCAGCAGGGGGAUAAAUUGAGGGUGCAGGGCGUCCCCACCAACAGGACCUGCCUGUCACAAUGGCCACAGGAAGAGCCCUGCUCAGCUCUCUGCUGCUCCUGUCACUGCAGCUGGGCCUGGGCGAGGGCCCUGGGGCUCAGGGGACUACAGUCGCAGUGGAGGGAGAGGUUCUGUCUGAGGCUGCAGCAGACAGAGGGACCUGGAGGCCACAGCUGGGUGCCCGCCUGCGCAGAGCCCUGGUCGGCCCGUGCCAGCUGUGGAGCCUGUCUCUGCCAGUGGCGGAGCUGGGCCUGGGCUACACUUCGGAGGAGACAGUCAUCUUCCACUACUGCGCCGGCAGCUGUCCCCGUGGUGCCCGCACCCAGCAUGGCCUGACGCUGGCCCGGCUGCGGGGCCAGGGCCGAGUCCAUGGUGGGCCCUGCUGCCAGCCCACCCGCUACGCUGACGUGGCCUUCCUCGACGACCGCCACCACUGGCAGCGGCUGCCCCAGCUCUCGGCAGCUGCCUGUGGCUGCGGCUAAGGCUGAGGCCGCCCAGCCUGGGCCCUGCAGCCGCUAGAGAGCUCUGUGGACUUAUUUAUUGACGACGUGGGAUGCUGAGAUGAGAAGGGGAGGUGGGCUGGGGCUGCCAGCAAGGAACAUAAUAAAGGAAACUGCUCCUGCA